UUUAGGGUGAUAUAGCUGUGAAAUACAGAUUAAAUUAGCUAUUUUCUGAUUCUGUGGGAUUUUGACGAGCUUGCAUAAAUAAAAACGGAGUUCUGUUUGCAGAUAUUGGAUAAUCUAUGUUUUUGACUCCCUUCAUACACGGUGACGCUUGCUGCUCGCGCCCAGACCGGCUGUGAGACGCAGAAACCGCCAUUAAACCCUUAAAGAGAGCCGCUGCCUCCGGUCUGCUCUCAUUCCGCCGCCGCAGGUCGGCUGUGGAGACGCACAGGUUGCGCGCAGUUUGCUGACGUUGCGUGUGAAGCCCAGACAGCUCCACGGUCGCUGCUCCCUUCAGGAGGAAAUCAGGAUGUUCUUCUGCCAGCGUGCGCUGAGGUGAGGGCAGAUGGAGCAGCAGGUGGAGAACCAGAGCCUGCUGCUCGGCACCGGGGCUCUGCCGGAUAAACUCCUGAUGGGGGUGGGGGUGGAUAACUUUGUGUCCCUCCUCAUAUUCGCCAUCAUCUUUAUCCUGGGAGUGCUGGGGAACAGCCUGGUGAUCACCGUGCUGGCGCGCAGCAAGCCGGGGCAGGCGAGGAGCACCACCAACAUCUUCAUCCUCAACCUGAGCGUGGCCGACCUGUCCUACCUCCUCUUCUGCGUCCCCUUCCAGUCCACCAUCUACAUGCUGCCCACCUGGGUGCUGGGAGCCUUCAUCUGCAAGUUCAUCCACUACUUCUUCACCGUCUCCAUGCUGGUCAGCAUCUUCACCCUGUCCGCCAUGUCCGUGGACCGCUACGUGGCCAUCGUCCACGCCAGGAGAGCCUCGUCCAUCCGCGUGGGGAGGCACGCGCUGCUCGGCGUGGUGCUGAUCUGGAUGGUGUCCGUGGUGAUGGCCGCGCCCGUGGCGCACUACCAGAGCAUCGUGGAGAGGGCGGACAACAGCACCUUCUGCUGGGAGGUCUGGCCGGAGCAGCAGCGGAAGGUCUACGUGACGUGCACCUUCGUGUUCGGAUACCUGCUGCCGCUCAGCCUCAUCUCGGUCUGCUACGCAAAGGUGUUAAACCAUCUGCACAAAAAGCUGAAGAACGUCUCCAAGAAAUCAGAGGUGUCCAAAAAGAAGACCGCUCAGACCGUCCUGGUGGUGGUGGUGGUCUUCUGCCUGUCCUGGCUGCCUCACCACAUCGUCCACCUGUGGGUGGAGUUCGGCUCCUUCCCCCUGAACCAGGCCUCCUUCGUGUUCAGGAUGGUGGCGCACUGCCUGGCCUACAGCAACUCCUCCGUCAACCCCAUCAUUUACGCCUUCCUGUCCGAGAACUUCAGGAACUCCUACAAGCAGGUGUUCUGGUGCCGGGCGCCCAGCGAGUGUCCGCUGAACGAAGCCAGAGACCCUCGCAGCAGGAUGGAGGUGGCGCCCUCCGCCAACGUCAGCGCCAACCACAAAGCUCACCACUCUCAGAUCGGUAAAAUGCUCUGAUGGCUCUGAUCCAGACUGAUGGUGGCGGCUCAUUCGCCUUUAAACACGGACGUUUCAGACCAUUUUGAAAGAACAUUGGCAGUUAUUUCAUUUGUUUUUCUCUUUGCUGCUGCAACCACGGCCCUGAUAGAUGGACAGGAUGUCGUAAUUAGGCUGUCAGGAAGUAUUGGACGGGUUUCUGUUCAGCCUCAAGCAGCUGCAACAACAGGACCGUUCCGGGAGAUUUAUCGAUUUUUAGGGAGAGAACGUACCUUUCUUUAGCAUCGAGCUGACAUUUCAUUAUAAAUACUGGUUUUUGUCACACAGCUGACAACUUGAUUAGAAUAAAGCUCAACGAAAGAGUGGAAACAGGGAAAGCAGAUCUGCAUAGUUGGGCUUUAAGGUCCUGGCAGCAAACUGAGACAUCAACAGAUUCUAUGAGCUGCUACAGAAAACAGUGACAACAGCAUCGGUUUGGUGAGUUAUACAGGAACAAGGAGGAAGAGAGGAGAGCUGAAGACUCAACAAACCGGCACCCUGAGCAUGGAUUAAAAAGCUCUGCCUGUAAUUCACCACAGAGGAGAAUGACUCCUUGUGACAAAAGAUCAAAACAUUAAAUCGGACCAUGUGACUGAGCAGCGAUGAAGCAGAGCACCGGCCCUGACACCGGCGCUGUUUCUUCUCUGGUUCUGACCUGCAGUGCACUACAACCUCUUCCUGGGAUUGGUAAACUUUUGCCAAAGACGUAGCUCUUAUGUAAACCUUCACAGAGCUUUUUAAACUGGACAAUGAAACCGGUCGCAGGUCCAGCUAAUUACUGUGCCUAAAGUUUGGUGAGAGCCGCUUUUCAUUUAUUUAACAAAGUGAUUUUUGUCGACAUUUGUACUGACAAAAAACACGUAGAGAGUUAAAACCAUGGGAG